AUGGAUAAAGAGGCAAAACAAAACAAACAACAAAAGGCUGCAUCCACGGAUGCGCCUGUAACUAACAAACCCAGGGUUGCAUCUCAGGACGUGUCGCGGUGCAAGUCACCAGUGACACGAUACUCUGAUGCCCCUGUUUCACACGCGGAUGCACCUAUUUGGGCAGCGUCCAAGACUCCAAAGGAGAGGGAAGCGGCUGGGGAUGCGCCGAACCGGGCUGUACCCUUGACCGUACCCCCUCCGAUGAAAUCCCAAACACCACCGCACAAGGAAGUGUCCACUGUUGCGGCCAGGUUGACUGCGUCGGUCCAGCCAAAGAUGGUGACUCCGAAAGAUGCUACAGCAAUGUCUGCGUCUGUAGGAGGGGCAUCCGCGGCAAGAACGAUGCGGAAGACCGAGGCUGCGACGGAGAGCACAUCCAGUGCACCAACCUCGACCAUGGAUAUGUCGGCCCUGAAAACUACAAUUCAGGAACCGACUCUCACAAUAGUUCUGAGUGCCUCUAAAAGGCGACGGCUCAAAAAAGCCAAAAGAGCGUCGGAACAGCAGAUGCUGGAUACCGACGCUCAGAAGCUACCUAAAAACCCUAAACCUGCCCCCGCUGCUCCCACAGCAGCAGGAGGCGGGAAAAGGGCAUCGAAGCCGACAAGGUCCACUGCCGCGCUCAAGCCUAGAGUGCCUAACUCAAAUAAAACCAACAAACAAACCAAGGGCCAGAAACGCGAUCGGCCGGAGGAAACCGUGACGCGAAAACGCGUGAAAAGGGUAAAACCCAACAAACCCCGACUGGAGGCAGGUACCUCGGCCAGUUAUGCGGAAGCGGCAGCAUUUUAUAAAGCCAACAAGCUUUGUGUUGCCGUGAUGACUGAGCCCUUCGUAGACAUGUCAAAAGAACAGGUGGAUAACAUCCGCCUACAAAUUGAGGGAAAGAUACAAGAUGAGCUUAUGGCGGAUCUUGAAGCUACCCUAACAACCGAACCCAACGACAUCAGGUUCCGGGGCAGAGCCCACUUCUCAGAUGGUGUCCUCAAAACUUGGUGCGAGGACACUUUCACACUAGACUGGCUGACCAGAACUUGUGAUUUCAUCACUAAUCCGAUACCUGACACCAGGUUGGUGGUUCGGCCUCAAUCGGCUAUUCCGAAGAAAGUUCCGUGUCUACUAAAUGUACCAGAGUUCACUGGUGACACGGAGACACUACGGGCCCGACAUGUGUCUCUCUCUUUUUUCGUGUGCUGGAGUCUGAGAUCACAAAGAUCACACACAGCACAUGAACGGCGUAUAUACUAUCUGAUGGGGAACAUCUACAUCCGUAUUUUGAAAAAUGAUCAACCCUCACAGAUGGUAGCCGCUUCACCACUAACCACUGUCAGUACAUCGGGGACGGAGUCAUCAAGACCAAGGCCGCCCACGGCAAUGACGGGGGAAGCUGCGGUCGCCGAGACACACGCUCCUAUGGAGACAGUUUGA